AUGGCGCUGGAACCGACAAUUCAUCCAGGAGAUGACAAUAUCAAUCAAAAGACAAAAUCACCUAACUUAAGCUCGCCGCAAAGUAGCAGCGCUACCAGCAGCAAUGGUAAAACCAACAACAAUAAUAAUAACAGCAGCAGUAGCAGUAGCACAUCGCCGACUUUAUCAUCAGCUAUUGGCCAAAGUAAGGCUAGAGAAGUAAAUACAACCAUCAACAACCAACUAUCAGCAAGAAAAUCGUUCACGAUCUCCAAAACUUCGACUAUGAUGAACCAAACAUACAAUGAGGAGGUAUCUUUAUCUGCGUUGGAAAAAGGCUUUCAAGCAAAAAUCUUCCCCAACAAUAAUGUGUUACCAAAAAUUAAAGUCCUAGUUGUCGAAGAUAAUGUUAUUAACCAGAUUAUUUUGUCCAAUUUCUUAAGAAAAAAUAAUAUCACUUUUACAUUGAUCUCUAAUGGUCGAGAUGCCUUAAAAGAAUGGAGAAAAGGGGGCUACCAAUUAAUUCUAAUGGAUAUCCAAUUACCAUUUAUUAGUGGGAUUUAUUGUGCCAAAGAAAUUCGAAGAUUGGAGUCGGUAAAUGGUGUUGGGGUGUCAAAUCAUAAAGAAAUUCAUCAUUUGGCUCAAAAGAUGAUCAAUAAUACUCUGUCACCACCAACCAGCUCACAUGGAUCACUGGACUCCAAGACGAGCAAAUCCUCUAAGGCUCCAGAAUCCAAACCACUACUACCAUCAUCAUCAUCAUCAUCCUCAUCAUCAUCUUCUUCUUCUUCUUCUUCUUCCACUUUCCCUGCUACCACCACGGAUUCAGUCAUUGCCGAAGAACUCAAAAGAGAAGAUUCUCCUAAUCCAUUGACUGAUCAAACAUCCUCAGAUAAACUAGAGGUCCUGAAAUUCAAGCAGCCAGUAAUCAUUGUCGCCUUGACCGCCAAUUCCUUCACCGAGGAUCGAGACAAUGCAUUAGCGGCGGGGUGUAAUGAUUUUUUGGUCAAGCCAGUGAAUUUACUUUGGUUAGGUAAGAAGUUUGCCGAAUGGGGCUGUAUGCAAGCUUUAAUCAAUUUCGAUGAUUGGGAAGGGGUCAGUCGCAGACAAACUUGUAUGACCACAAACUCCGCUGCCAUAUCUUCUUCAUCUGCCAACUCGGCUGCUAAAACUAAAGACAGUCUUACGCAGGCAAGAAUUGACAACCGACUAAGAAGACUUCUUUGGCAAGUUCAGCAGCAGCAGCAUCAGCAACAGCCAAAACAACCAAAACAACAACUAUAG